AUGAAGUGCAUAGCUGGAAUAUUUAAGGAUGUGUGUGCAUAUGUGAAAAACUGCGAUAUAUGUCAAAGAACCGGAAACAUAUCAAGGAGGAACAAGAUGCUUUUGACAAAUGUUUUAGUUGUGGAUUAUGUAUCCAAGUGGGUUGAAGCCAAGGCAUACCCAAUAAAUGAUGUUAAGAUAAAUGGACAAGUUGAAAGGGUGAAUCGUGAAAUCAAAGGUAUUCUUGACAGGGUAGUGCACCCUAACAGAAAAGAUUGGUCUCGAAGGCUCAAUGAUGCUCUAUGGGCCUAUCGAAUUACUUUUAAGACAUCUUUAGGAAUGACUCCCUAUCGGCUAGUUUUUGGAAAGGCAUGUCAUUUGCUUCUUGUGUUGAAAAAUAAAGCUCAUUGGGCCUUGAAACAAUUAAAUUUGGAUCUCAAGGAAGCUGAUGAGAGAAGGAUGCUACAGUUUGAUGAAUUGGAAGAGUUGAGGUUAUUUUCAUACGAGAAUGCCAAGAUGUGUAAAGAAAAAUCUAAGAGAUGGAAUGAAAGUCGGAUACAACCUCGUGAAUUCAAAGGUCAGAAAGUGUUGUUUAAUUCGAGGCUAAUCUUAUUCCCUGGGAAGCUCAAAUCCGGACGGAGAGGACCUUAUACCAUCUGCAAAGUUUAUCCAUAUAGAGUUGUAAAAUUGUAUGACAACCAUGGAGGUACAUUUAAAGUUAAUGGUCAACGUCUCAAGCACUAUUGGGAUGGUAAAGUUGAGCGAAUUAAAAUCUCAUUCAAGUCAAUAGACCCUUAA